AUGCCUGACCUGCCGGGCUGGCUGAGAGUGUGGUAUAGGAGGCCAGGAUGGAGGGAUAUCCGCGAUUACACCCGCAAGCUCAACGACCAAGAUAUUCGGCCAAAUCGAGUACGGACCCCGAGCCUGGACAGCCGGCCUUCGACGGCGAUCCCAAGCCGGCUUGGCUUGGACAGAGUGCUGGAGAACAAGACAUGCAGUCCUAUGUCACUUCACGAUUUCUACCUUUAUCUCAAAUACGUUGAGCACUCUUCAGAGAACCUGGAAUUUUACCUAUGGUACAAGAACUAUGAGGCGAAUUAUCCCAAGUCGAAGGACGAGCCUUCCACAGCCGUACCGAUCAAGGAUCUGCCUUCAUUACCAAGUGAUGCUGAUGCAGUUUCGGAGACAACGUACUCGGCAAUGUCCAGCGUUGCCGAAAUCGUCGCUGCGAAGCAAUCGAUCAGUUCUUUAUCAGACAGCAUAGUAAAAGCCGAAGCACCAUGUGCUCGAGCAGUCAAGUCGGAGCCAAAAUGGACGGAUCGGAUCUUCCGAUGGUCGCUGGGGUCAGGAAACAGCUCCAAGCGUCGACAUCGCCUAGGAAGCGGAGACGCCUGCAACGCCCGCGACGGAACCUGCCCGUUUGAUGUCGACGAGGAGAAAGGCUCAGCCGUGCCGCUUCCACUAUUCACUAAACAUUCGAAGGCACCACAGACGGAGAACCGGGCCGAGCUGGAUGCAGCCAUCGCGACAUAUCUGCUCGCAGGUGCCGAGAAGGAGCUCAACAUCUCGCACACCCUCCGCCAGCGGGCACUGAACAACCUCCAGAAAUCGUCGGACCCUCGCUUUAUCAAGCCGGUGGCGGACCACAUCUACGAGGUGAUGAAGAACUGCUCGCACCGUAACUUUGUCAGCCUGGGCGUGUCGACGGGGACGUACGAGACCAUCUGCGUCGGAACGGUCAUCGGGAUAUUGAACAUCCUCGCUGGUUUCCUGCUGGUGUUGCUGCGGGGUCUGUACCCGCACAUCGGUGCGCACAGCCGGUGGGAGGUCUUCUACUCGUUCCCGCUGUGGUGUGUUGGCACGGCUGUGAUACUCGUCGGGACGCAGGGCAUGUGCUUCAUCAUGUUGUCGCUUUCCCGGAGACAAACAUUGCCAUGGGAGCGAUUUGAAGACGACGGGACAGCUGCGCCUGCCACGCCGCCAGCUUCCGGGACAGGUUGGCGCUCGAAAUACAGGGCGUUCAUGAAUAGGACGAUGGCCCACGACAAGAACUUCAAGGUGGAGGAUAAAGUGCUGCGUAGGCUCCAGAGAAUGGUCCUUCUGCAAUGCUGGUCGGGUGGUCUGGCAGCAGCAUUCUGCGGUGUAUUGCUCUUCAUAUUCCUACCUAUCUGGAAGGAGACGGUUCGAUGA